AUGAAUUACCAGAAUUUGAAAUGUUCAGAAUUAAAAGAUUUAUUAGCCAAAAGGGGGCUACCGUCGCAUGGAAAGAAGAAUGAAUUAUUGGAGAGGUUAUUAAAGUAUGAAGAAAAGGGUAACAUAAGUCCAUACAUAUUAGAUAAACAUAACACGAAUUCGAACGAUAGCACAAAUAUUAAGGUGUUAGUUGAUCGAACUGACGAUAAGAUCAGGAAUUCAGAAAUAAAUCGAGUGUCCAAUAAUACAAAAGGCGAUAGAGGACAAGGAGAAGGAGUUGAAAAAAGUAAUUACAAAUCAUCAUAUGUUGGUGGAGAAAAUAAAAAGAAAAUAUUAACAGUUAAUCAUAAAGAAGACGAAUUUAAUAAAGAAGGAUUAAAUAAAAUGAAAGAUUAUUUUAAAAAUAUAUUAACAGUCAAUAAUAAUGUAGAGGGUUCGAAGUAUUAUGAAAAUAUCCCAUCCAAGAAUGAUGAAAAAAUGAAUGAAAAUAUAAAUUCAAAUAUGAAAGACAACAAUGAAGAAGGAAAGAAAACCAAAAUCGUAAUUCCUGAAAUAACCUUUUCAGAAUCAUCCUUAUCCAACAAAAAUACAUUACAAAAGAAUGUAAUUGUCCCUACUGCAGGUGAUGAUAAUCUUUACCUAACGGAGGAAAAAAAGCGGGAGCUACGAAAAAAGAGAUUCGGUGCUGUGUCAACCGACGAGGCCCUUGAAUCAAGAGCAAAGAGAUUUUGCAUUGUAACACAUAAAAUGGAAGAGGAGAAUAAAAAAAAAAGAGCAGAGCGCUUUGGACUGAACAUGGGAAAGCUGAACGAUUUCGAAACAAAAAAGAAAAGGGCUGAAAGAUUUGGGUUACUGAAAGAGAGUGACAAAUUAAAGGCGAGGGCCCUUCGAUUUGGAGUAAUACAGGAGCAACAGUUAAAAAAUUUAAAGAAAAAAUUAGUUUACACAUAA